AUGCCUUCCAUAUCUAUUCAUGUGCUAUCAAUAGCCCUCUGCAUGUCAUCAGGUUUUCAACAAGGUUACAUUGCUUCUGUCCUGAACCAACCUUAUAUCCAAAUUGAACGAUAUAUGAAUGAGUCUUGGAUUGAAAGAACUGGAAAUCCUCUCUCUGAUCGCACAAUUGACUUUCUCUGGUCAUUACUUAAUGUGACCUUCCCGAUUGCUACUAUAUUUGGUCAAUUUCUUGCUGCUUAUAUGUGUAAAACACUUGGAAGAAAGAAAACAGCGCUGAUCGCUUCAGCUUUAUAUAUUCCUGGAACAUUAAUAUGUUGUGCUUCCAAAUGGACAGGAAAUUAUUUUGAACUUCUUUUCGUCGGAAGAAUUAUAUGGUCUAUGGCCAACGGUAUUAAUACUGUAAAUGCUACUGUAUGGAUUGUCGAGUGCGCACCACCCAGGAUCCGGGGUCGAAUGGCAGCUAUGCAGGAAUUCUUUAUGGCUUUAGGAUCUCUUAUGACCCAAGCUAUUGGUGUUCCUUUUUCAUCAGAAAAUACAUGGCCAUUGGUUUUCCUACCUAACUUGGCUGUUGUCAUCGUGUCACUUGGAAUGUUCAUUUUCGUUUAUGAAUCACCUCAAUUCAUUAUGGAAAAGUUUGGGGAUGAGGAGAAAGCACGUAAAGCUCUCGCUUCAUACCAUGGUGUGUCAUCAGAUCAUCAGUCAGUUGAAGCUGAAAUGAGAAUUUGUGAAGAAGCUGUUAAGAAAAGAGACAAGAAAACAGUUAAGAAUGCUGGAGUACAAGUUGAGCAUAGUGGUGCAACAAUUCUUUUCAAGCCUUGGAUCUCCAAAGAUCCCGUUUCCCAGCUUAUUCGAUAUGCUGCUUGGUUAGGAGUAAUGGUCAAGAUUGCUUAUGUAUUCACAGGAGCACGUAGUCUGAGAUCCUACAGUACCUUCAUUCUCCAUGGAAUGAGUGGAUGGACAUACGAAGAUGCAAGAUUAUGCUCUUUCAUUGUUGGUCUCAUUCGGCUGCCAGUUACUCUUGUGCCAGUCUUUCUUGUAGACAGAAUCGGAAGAAGACCUCUUUUAAUAUACUCCACAAUAAUUUCAUUCUUAUGUCUUGCCGGCAUGAUGUUAGGUAUUGAUUUGGGCGGACAAUGGAAGAUUGCAACAUUAGUUGGUUUGUCAGUCCUUCUAUUGAUAAAUGCUUGUGGAAUCGGAUCAGUUUCUCGGUUCUACUCAGCUGAGCUUGUACCUCGAAAUCUUUUAUUAUCGUCUGUGUCAACUUUAGCCAUGUUUGAAGCUUUAACGAAAAUUGGAGCGGAAUUCGCUUUCUAUCCUUUAGCAAAUGUGAUUGGGGCCUCAUCUCUGCUUAUGUUUAUGGUACCGACAGCAAUUUUCAUGGUAUUAAUCUGGUACAUGUGCCCGGAGACCAGUAGAAAAACUGUUAACGAGGUACUGAAUGAGCUUGCUCAAAGGAAAAACUUGAAAGUGUCUUUCCCAAUGUAG